CUUCGUUUUGUCUUGCAGGGUGACAGUCACAUCCAUGUGCAGCAUGGACCUGAGUCGCUUCCCUCUGGACACGCAGACAUGCUCUUUGGAGAUCGAGAGCUAUGCGUACACAGAUGAUGACCUGAUGCUGUACUGGAAGAAAGGGAACAGGUCAUUAAACACAGACGAAAAAAUAUCUCUCUCCCAGUUCCUUAUCCAAGAGUUCCACACCACCACCAAGCUGGCCUUCUACAGCAGCACAGGCUGGUACAACCGUCUGUACAUCAACUUCACCCUGCGCCGCCAUGUCUUCUUCUUCCUGCUACAGACCUAUUUCCCUGCCACUCUGAUGGUCAUGCUGUCAUGGGUGUCCUUCUGGAUCGACCGCAGGGCCGUCCCUGCCAGGGUGCCACUAGGUAUAACCACGGUGCUCACCAUGUCCACCAUCAUCACUGGAGUCAACGCCUCCAUGCCCAGGGUGUCCUACAUAAAAGCUGUGGACAUUUACCUCUGGGUCAGUUUCGUCUUUGUCUUCCUGUCGGUGAUCGAGUACGCUGCUGUCAACUACCUGUCCACUCUACAAGAACGCAAAGAGAGGGCACUCCGAGAGAGGGUUAGUACCAGUCACUCAUCUCCAUGCUGAUAGAUGCCUACAGGUGCUUUAACUGAAGACAUUGUUUUAGAGCACCAAAUGUUUAACCAGGCUAGUGGCGCGGUUCUAAUGACGGAUUGGUUGGUUGGAAAAACUGAAAUGUUGUCUAGAAUUAAGUGUAUUAUGUCAACAGAUUUCAUAUAACUGCAUUAGGUUUGUUGAAAGCAAUAAUAUAUUGUCAAAUAAAAAUUAGGUUCAACUUGAUUUCAACUAACCUAAUACAGUUAUGCAGAGGUGGGAAGUAACGAAGUAGAAAUACUUUUUUACUGUACUUAAGUAGAUUUUUCAGGUAUCUGUACUUUACGGCCCAUGUCAUGCUUUUCCAGUUAUUACCCGUCCCCUUGUGUGUUAUGAAGGUUUUUCUGCAUGUAAACGGUCUGCA